AUGUCAAAAACAAUGAUUGAUGAAAUUGCAUCUUUAAAUAAUUUAAUAACAGAAACAGAUAGUAUAACUAAAGAAUCUGUGGCUAAGAAUGAAGAUGAAGAAACUUGGCUAUAUGGACAUAAUAAAUCAAAAAGUAAUGAAAAUGUAGAUAAUACAACCGCACCAUCCAUUGAUGAAAUAACAACACAAGAAAUCAAUGCAAGAGAAAAAGCAACACUAAAAUUAACAACAACAUCAUUAAUUGGUAGCCAAUUAGAUGAUGAUGAUUCAGAUGAUGAUGAUGAUGAUGAUGAUGGAAUUCAAGUGACUAUUGGUGAUUAUGAACCAGAAGUAUCAACUUUUCAAACAAAUCGACAAAAACCUCGAGGAAUGUUAUCAGGAGGUCCGGCUGCUAUGCCACCAAAAUCGUCAAUAACACGAGGUGUAGAUGUCGAUGCACAAGGUGUUAUUAAUGGACAACCAACAUAUGAACAUGAUAUAGUGAAUGCAUAUAAAGAUGAAGAAAAACCAUGGAAAAAACCAGGAGCAGAUAUUACUGAAUAUUUUAAUUAUGGUUUUACUGAAGAAACAUGGGUACAAUAUUGUGAUCGACAACGACGUUUACGUAAUGAAAAUAAUUUAGCGCGUCUUAAUCCUACUCACAUUCCACCAAUGCUUUCAGGUCAUCCUCCAAUUGCUCAUCCAAUAAAUUCUCAUCCAGUAAUGAUGAUAAACAAACCGAUGAAUAUGCCAAUGAUAUCACGUCCUCUAAAUACACGAAAACCUGAUGGGAAAAUAGAUGUUAUCGGUGCAACUGAUUAUACAUCUCGUCGAUCAAUGUUUGAAACAUCAAAUAACUUUGAACAUCCACCAUUUUUAAAUGGUUUUCCAUUUCUUGGUGGUCAACCACCCGGUGGACAAACAGUAGGUGAUCUCAUGCCAACACCAUCAGCUUCCAAUGGUCCUCCACCAUCAGGUAAUACUCAUCAUAUACCAACCUUGAAUAUGCCACGAUUACCUAUGAUACCCUUACCACCUGGCAUUCAAUUUCGAGCUCAAUUUGGACAUUUGCAUGUACCCGGUGGUCCACAAUUCUUGCCUCGUGGACCAGCUACAGGAAUGCAUGGUGAUAGACUUCCACAUCCAUAUUUUAUACGUCAUACUGCUCCACAACCAUGGGAUAAAGCUGGUAUGCCACCUGUACAUAAUUUUCCAUCUGGACCAUUUUCACCACAAAUUACUAUAUCAACAACUAGUAAUAAUGGACGAGUAGCACCACCUAGUCGAAGUCCAACACCUGAAAAUCGUUCAUCACAUAGUUCAACAUCAGAAGAAAAUCGAACUAAUGUUGGUGAUAAUGAUAAAUCAUCAAAAGAUGAGCGAUAUAAAGAAAGAUAUAGAGAUGAUCGUGAUUAUCAUUCAUCUUCUCGGCAUCGUUCAUCAUCAUCAUCUUAUCAUUCACGACAUCGACCAAAUGAACAUGAAUAUGAACGACCAAAAAAUGAUAGAAAAUCAAGAGAUCGAGAUGAUAAAUAUGACUAUCAUUCACGAAAACGACAACAUAGAGAAGAUAAUACUCGUCAUCAUUAUGUUGAUGAUGAAUCAUCUCGUAAUUAUCGUUCAUCACAUCGUACACCAACAAAAACUGUAUCUUCACCAUCAAAAAUCAAUUCAUCUAUUUCAUCAACAUCAAUUGAAUCAUCUCAAAUAUUAAAUGAACAAACAUCUGAAUCUGAUCAAAUAACAUCAUCAUCAUCAUCACAUUAUAAUCAUCAUAAAAAAUCUUCUAAACGUUCUCGACAUGAUAGUAAUGAUGAUGAUGAUGAUGAUGAACGACAUAAUAGUCAUCAUCGUCGACGAUCAAAAGAUAAAUCAAAAAGUAACAGUAAAAAAUCGACUAAUCAAAUUGAAUCUUUAUCCGAUGUAAAAGAACAAAAUAAUGAAUAA